CACAUGUUGUUUUUAUCCAGGAUCAGAUCAGUCUCGCUGCACUGUUGCUUCUACCGUGGCCGAGGACACAUCUAGACCUCUGCCAUGGAUUAAACACAUUUUUAAAACGGGAUAUCAUUAAAGUUUUUUUGCAAACGAGUUUUUUUUAAUUGCAUCGCUUAUCUGGAACUUGAAAAAAGAGAAAUGGCAAGUCCGCCGGCGACGGGAGGACACCUGUUAUCGAAUGGGACGUACGGAGUGAAGAAGUGCGGAUACCUGAGGAAGCAGAAACACGGACACCGGCGCUUCUUCGUGCUGCGGGAGCCGACGGAGCGCUGCCCUGCGCGGCUGGAGUAUUAUGAAAGUGAGAAGAAAUGGAGGAACAAGUCCGCUGCCAAACGGGUCAUCACUUUGGACUCGUGUCUGUGCGUAAACAAACGGGCCGACGCAAAACACAAGCACCUGAUCGCCCUCUACACCAAGGACGAGUACUUCGCCGUGGCUGCAGACAACGAGCAGGAGCAAGAGAGCUGGUACUCGGUUCUGACUGAUUUAAUAGCCGAGGGGAAAGUGUACGACAGCCCUGCUUCUACCUCCUCUCUAGUGGGCUUUGAGGAAGCCAACUACGGACUGAUCACUCCUGCAACAGCUGUCUAUAAGGAGGUGUGGCAGGUCAACUUGAAAUCCAAAGGUCUGGGUCAGAUCAAGAACCUCACUGGAGUGUACAGGCUGUGUUUGUCCAGCAGGACCAUCAGCUUUGUGAAACUGAACUCAGAAACAGCUGCUGUCAGUUUACAGCUCAUGAACAUCAGGAGAUGCGGACACUCGGACACCUUUUUCUUUAUAGAGGUGGGUCGCUCAGCUGUCACUGGGCCUGGGGAGUUCUGGAUGCAGGCAGAGGACUCAGUGGUUGCACAGAACAUCCAUGAGACUAUCCUUGAGGCCAUGAAGGCCAUGAAGGAGCUGUCAGAGUUCAGGCCGCGGAGCAAGAGCCAGUCUGCCAGCACUAACCCCAUUUCCGUUCCCACACGACGCAACCUCAACAACCUCCCCCCCAGUCAGACAGGCCUGGUGAGGAGAUCCAGGACAGAUAGCAUGGCAGCAAACUCCCCAGGGAGGAAAUUCACAUCAUGUCGGAUAAGAACGGCCAGCGAGGGGGACGGGAGUGUGACCCGGCCUGUGUCCAUGUCCAUAUCUGUCAACGGGAGUCCCACCAGUCCCAACUCUGGGAAUCUCCUCAUCAGGUCCCACACGCUCAGCAGUGGGCGCACCUGCAGGAUACUGGAGUCCUCCUCCAACCUGCACCACAGCCGCUCCAUGCCCGUGUCCAACUCGCCCCCAGGCACCUCAAGCCCCAUAAGCAUGUCCCCCAGGGGGGCCAGCAUCUCCACUCCUGACAAGAUCCGGCGGCCUUUUAGCUGCAGCGCCUCCAUCUCUGGCUCCCUCAGUGACACUGGCUUCAUGCUGUGUGAUGAUUACAGCUCCAGCCCAAGUGAACACAGAUUCAUCCCCCUGACCCGCAGCGACACCCCCGACUCCCUGUCCAGCACGCCUCCAUCCCGGGACAUCAGCGACCCCUGUGGCUACAUGAUAAUGGAGGGGGGAAAUGUCACCAGGUCUGGGGUUGGGGUUGAUGGCCUUGCAUGUGACGACGCUUACAGGAAGAGGACGCACUCCCUCACCACGCCACGUCAACAGAGGGCUGUGGCGCCGCUGGCCUCCGCCUCCCUGGAUGACUACACCCUCAUGAGGAUGGCUCACAGGCAGAACUCUCACUCCGCAUCGCCCAAAGUGUGCUACCCUGAGGACUACGGAGAUGUUGAAAUCGGGUCAUCCAGGAGCUCCAGUAGUAACCUCGCUGAUGAUGGCUACAUGCCGAUGACGCCAGGCUUAACGGCCCAGUCGGGCAAAGUAGACUACAUGCCCAUGAGCCCCAUGUGUGUCUCCGCACCGAAGCAGAUUGUGAACCCUAGGGUCCAUCCCCCGGCGGCUGUGAGCGGCGGCUACAAAACCAACUCCCCCUGCAGCAGCUCUCUGGAGGACAGCGGCUACAUGAGAAUGUGGUGUAGCUCUAAAUCGUCCAUGGAGAGCUUAGACAGGAACGGUGAAUACAUGAACAUGUCGCCUGGAAACCCACCUCCACUCCAGACCCCCCCUGAUUACUACUUGGGCCUGCUAUCUGGGGAACAUGCAGCAGUGAGGUCAGCGUACCAGGGCGGCUCUCUCACACUCCCUGCUAAACUCCAGGCCUCCAAGAAUGAGGAGAGCAACCAGUAUGUGUUGAUGAGCCCCCAGAGUUUGAGGCAGAGGGUGGGGGAGUCAGACUAUUAUUCAGUGAUGCAGCCCAAUGCAGCCCCUCUUAGCCCCUCCGUGCCCUCCCCAGUCAGGCAUGGCCGGGCAGAGAGCCUGCCCUACAGAGGGAGGCUUGGCAGGCCUAACAGACUUUCUCUGGACACCCUGAGGACCCUGCCCAGCAUGAACGAGCACCCCCUGCCCGGAGAACCCAGGAGCCCCGGGGAAUACAUCAACAUUGACUUCAGCUGCGCCAGAUUCUCCCCACCCUCCAAUGUGUCCACGGAGAGCCAGUCUUCAUCACUGGGCUCCAGCGGAGGGGGCCCCGGGAGGUCCUCUCUGUCAGACUACAUGAACCUGGAGCUGGGCUCACACUCGCCCAAGGAGGCACACACUCCCGCUGAGCGCUUGGACACGCUCCCAGAGUUAUCUAUGUGCUCAGAGGAGGACAGAGUGUACCAUCUGGAGGGUGAGAAAGGAUCUCAGGGCCUCUGUGACGAGGGGAAAAACGACUACACUGAGAUGACAUUCGGGAUGACCAGCUCCCCACCACAGCUUGUUCCUCAGAACACCGCAAGCAGCCAGAGCAGCAGGGAGAGGAGGCUCUCUCUGGAGGACCAGGGUGUCCCAGAAUGCAUUGGGGCCUUCCUGCUCGGGGGCACCUCUUCCUCCGCAGUUGACCCCGACUGCGCCGCCAAGGUGAUCCGGGCCAACCCUCAGGGCCGUCGGCGGCACAGCUCCGAGACCUUCUCCUCCACCGCCACCGUGACCCCGGUGUUCCCCUCCUUCGCCCGCGGGGACAUGAUGAAGAGGCACAGCUCCGUGGAGAACAUCUCGUCCCGGAGCAGCGAGGGGUCGGACGAGGAGUACGGCAACAGCCCCGUGAACCGGCAGAGCUCGGCUGGGUACGCCAACGGACUGAACUACAUUGCCUUGAACCUGCUGGACAACAGGGACGUGGAGAAAUGCGAGGGCCUGGCUGGCUUCAAACCCACCAGCAGCUGCAAAGGGGGCAUCAAUGGAUUACACAGCUCCCCGUAUGUGUGUUUGGGAUUCAAGGAGGCCGCAACCACUGCCAAAGACUGAAGGUCUCGUCUGUCCUCUGACUUGGCGUCUUCACCAACCUGCUGCUGGAAACAAGAAAUCGACUUUGCCCUACCACUGGGCCCUAAUAGACUGUCUGGACCCUCAGCAUCACUCUCACACACUUACGAAACAAGCAGGUCAUCGUCUAUGCAUGUCAUGAAUUCGCUGGAGGCAACACAGGUGUGUGUGUGUGUGUGUGUGUGUGUGUGUGUGUGUGUGUGUGUGUGUGUGUGUGUGUGUGUGUGUGUGUGUGUGUGUGUGUGGUGUGUGUGUGUGUGUGUGUGUGUGUGUGUGUGU